CCUAAUAUUGGCAUGGAAUUUAAAACCAGCUUUUAGGCUUUUCAGGGACGUGUCAUGCCUGCCGUUUCCCCAAGUGCCCUCUUUAUCUUAGAAUGCUUUAUGGGUAGGCCCUGUGAGGGUGGAUUCACCGAGAGGAGGUUUGAAAAAGAAAAAAAAACAACAACACUGUUCCUUAAUGAAGUUUUCACUAGCUGUACGUGACUCCCCCAGAUUAUUACAGAGAGGAAAAAGCUGGAAUCUGAGAGAUAGACCCCAGAUAAACUGUAAGAUUCUAGAAGAGGUGAUGGCUGUGGCCCUGGGCUGUGCAAUCCAGGCCUCGUUGAAUCAGGGCUCUGUGCUGCAAGAGUAUGACACUGACUGCGAAGUCUUCCGACAGCGCUUCAGGCAGUUCCAGUACACAGAAGCUGCUGGGCCUCAUGAAGCCUUCAACAAACUCUGGGAGCUUUGCUGUCAGUGGCUGAAGCCAAAGAUGCGUUCUAAGGAACAAAUCCUGGAACUGCUUGUGCUAGAGCAAUUCCUAACUAUUCUGCCCACAGAAAUAGAGACCUGGGUGAGGGAACACUGCCCAGACAAUAGAGAAAGAGUUGUGUCACUCAUUGAAGACUUACAGAGAGAGCUUGAGAUACCAGAACCACAGAUCGACAUGGAUGACAUGCUCUUGGAAGAACUGGCACCAGUUGGAACAGUACCCAUGCCACCCAACUUGCACCUGGAUGCACCAGAACUGCAAGUAAUGGAACCUGUCCAGGAGCCCCCAGUGCCAGAGGCCUGGAUUCCACAACCAGGACCACAGGAUCUGAACUACAGUGCUGAUGCUGAAUGCCAGUCCUUUCUGGACCCUGGUUAUCAGUUACCAAAGCUUGACAUGAACUUCCCAUUGGAUCAUAGAGAAGAGCCAUGGGUGAAAGAGUUACAGGAUCCCAAAGAAAUGAAACAGUUGCUUGAUUCCAAGAUUGGUUUUGAGAUGGGAAUAGAAAAUGAAGAAGAUAGUUCAAAAGAGAAGAAACUGGAAACCAUGUACCCAUUUGUUGUAACUUUAGAAGGGAAUGCUCUCCAUGGGCCCAUUCUGGAAAAAGACUAUGUGCAAUUAGAAAAUCAAUGGGAGCCAUCCCCAGAGGAUUUACAGACAGAUCUAACAAAACUUGUGGAGCCUCAGAACUCUUCUCUAGGAGAGACACCUGAGAGCUCCAACUUGGAAGAACCUCUCAACCCGAAGCCUCCCAAGAAAAAGAGUCCUGGGGAGAAACCUCACCGAUGUCCUCAGUGUGGAAAAUGCUUCGCUCGGAAGUCACAGCUUACCGGGCACCAGAGAAUUCAUUCAGGAGAGGAGCCUCACAAAUGCCCUGAGUGCGGGAAAAGGUUCCUGAGGAGCUCUGACCUUUAUCGACAUCAGCGACUUCACACAGGAGAGAGACCCUAUGAAUGCACUGUCUGUAAAAAGCGAUUCACUCGGCGCUCACACCUUAUUGGGCACCAGAGAACCCAUUCUGAAGAAGAAACAUAUAAAUGUCUUGAGUGUGGAAAGAGCUUUUGUCAUGGAUCAAGUCUCAAAAGACAUCUGAAAACUCAUACAGGUGAAAAGCCUCAUAGAUGUCAUAAUUGUGGGAAAAGUUUUAGUCGCCUGACAGCGCUUACUUUGCACCAGAGAACACACACAGAGGAGAGACCUUUUAAAUGUAGUUAUUGUGGGAAAAGCUUUAGACAGAGACCAAGCCUUGUAAUUCAUUUAAGAAUCCACACAGGGGAAAAGCCAUACAAGUGUAGUCAUUGUUCUAAAAGCUUCAGGCAGCGAGCAGGCCUUAUCAUGCACCAGGUCACACACUUUAGAGGACUUCUUUAAGAAUGGUUAAGAGAAGCAGGUCAAAGUUAACAUUGGAGCCUGCAGUAGCUGGUGAUCUUAGAAGCCUUUGCUCUGAACUUAUAAGUACAGCUUUGAGGGGUGCUAUUUUUCAAAACCAUCUUUCAAAGUGUAAGAGCUCGAGAGUGUGUAUCUAGUCUUACAGUUUUUUUCUGAAUUUAAUACACUCUGUCUUUUUCUGUUGUCUAAUUGCAGUGGAAUUUUUUGGUUCCAAGGCAACUAUUUGAUAAGCAUAGACACAAAGCAUAUAAACGGUGGCAGUUGUUUAUAGGUAGAACCAAUACAAUGGAUGAACAACAGUGUCUGCUAUAGCACUACCACACUUGUUGUCCUGUAUAAUUAUUAAAGACAACCAUAUGAAAGCAACCAUUUAGAUAGAUGUGCCUCAUGUGCCAAGAAACGAGGCAGCGAAUUUUGUCAAACAAUAAAAAUGUUUCAGUGGGAUUAGAAGGAAGAGGGUGUCGUUGGCCUAAGGAACAGGCUUGUUUCCAUUUACAGUUUUAUGCUUGGAAUUGUGAUUUUUAAGUUUGGACUUUUGUGGCAUUCCCUGCUCUGCUUAGUUGACCGUCUGGUGAUGGUGAUUAAAGUAGAGUUCUAGGCUUGUAACUGUUUGCUAAGUCGAGCGGAAAUAACUUGCAGUUGAAGUUGUACAAGUAGAAUGUAACUUUAUUUAGAUGGACUGAAGAAUAAGUAUCUGUGUUUUUUUCAUUCUGCCUUGGUAUUAUCUCAUGUUUAUUUCAGUGCUUUUGAAAUUGUAUCAUUUUCUAACUCAGUGUCUCCCUAAGUAUGUGUUAUAUAACGCUUUUUUCUGCAAAUAAUUUUGGGAAUUGCUUGUAGCUGUUUGUCCUUCGUAGAUUUGUUAAGCACAUCAGCAUAUGAGACUCUGGGAAAGGCCCUGGUUUAGGAAAGGAGGCUAGGGUGCCUCUUGUAGUUCAGUGCUUUCCAAACUUAUUUGACCCCGGGAUCUUUCAUGUACACAUGAAAAUAUUACUUGUGGUAAUAUUCUGCAAGGAUCCCGUGGGACACAUCGCCUUAAACCAGUGUCUGUAGCUAUCAGUGUAGUCCUGUAGUUCUAAACCUAGUGAUUUACAGUUGCCAGGAUUUUAUAAAAAAAUUAUUUGAAAAUAUACAUCUUUUGUAUUAUACACACAUCAUUUCAAGGACAUCAUCACUAAUUCACAUAAUUUGUGGGUUACUUAGUGAUUUGCAGCCUCUGAAUUUUAAUUAUACUUACACACACACACACACACACACACACACACACACACACACACACACCUUCCAUUUUAAGAGGGGAAGGUCACUAAUUCACAUAUUAUGAAUUACCUAGUGAUUCUUAACCUUUUUGAAUUUUACUUAUCACACACAUUCAUACACAUACAGAGUUGCUACUUAUAUAAAUGUUCUCAUGUAAUCAUAGUAACAACUCAAAUCUCAUAGUAAGGGAGAAAGUCAUUAUGAAUUAAAGUUGUUGAUAUGUGAAAAUACUCGUUGAGCUUAGUCCUUGUUAUUAGAUACAAGAAGUGGGACAUUCAAAUAUAUUCCCUAUAUGAAGAUACACAGUCAUCUUUAAAGUAUAACUAAGGAAAAUAGGUCUCUUCAUUGCAUUCAAGUUCUUUGAAGUGAUAUAUAAGUAUUUGGCGGGUAUGUAUCAUGUGCCUAACUUGUCCUGUUCUAGUCUUAAUGGAAGCUAGUAACAAAACACAAUUCAUGUGUAAGGCUCAAAGAGUUUAUAAUAUCUCUAAUUAAACAAGAGUUGGGAAACAAAUGAAGAACAAUACAAGAGAGCUUGUAAUUAAGUGCCAAAUCAUAUGAAGUGCCAGAGCCAGGAUGUGUCUUUAAUUCUUGGCAUCCAGGUCCCUGUAUGAUGCUGCUAAUAAAUCUGGGAUUAAGAUUAGACCCCAGCCACAUAGGAGGAGUCUGAAUGUAGAGAUUAAAAGUACAGAAUGUAAUGGCUUUUCUCUCUCUCUCUUUUGGAAUUGCAUUCAAACCAGAACAGUGCCUUAGAAAUGGAUGUGCCCAACUGCUCUGUAUUUAUACACUAUUUUAAUAAAGUGGAAAUGUAUAUAUGA